GUGGACUACAAUGACCCUUUAUAUAAAGAUCAGUGGUAUAUAAGUGGGGGAGUCAAAGAUGUAGAUCUCAACGUAAUGGUAGCCUGGAAACAAGGUUUUACUGGUACCGGAGUUGUAAUUAGUAUACUAGAUGAUGGUGUUGAUCAUACACACAAAGACCUUCUUACUAAUUAUGACCCAGAUGCCAGUACAGAUUUAAAUGGCCAUACAGAUGAUCCUAUGCCUAAUGUUACAACUCAUGCUAAUGCGCAUGGUACAAGAUGUGCAGGUAGUGCAGCAGCCUAUGCUAAUAAUAAUGUCUGUGGUGUAGGUAUUGCACAUACAGCCAAGAUAGGAGGUGUAAGAAUUUUAGAUGGUAGAGUAACAGAUAGUUUGGAGGCUGCAGCUUUAAAUUUCAAUAUACAACACAUAGAUAUAUUCAGUGCAUCAUGGGGACCAACUGAUGAUGGUGCAACAAUGCAAGCACCAAAACAUUUUACUAAAGCUGCUUUGAGAAAAGGUGUAACAGAGGGUAGAAAAGGUAAAGGUAAUAUAUAUGUAUGGGCUACUGGUAAUGGUGGAGCUAAUGAUGAUGACUGCAGUGCUGAUGGUUAUGUUUCAAGUAUAGAAACAUUGUCUAUAGGUUCUAUAAGUGAUAAAGGAAGAAAACCAUUUUUUAUGGAGAAUUGUACAUCAACUAUAGCUGUUGUACCCAGUGGAGGAGAGGAGGUAACAACUGAUAUAAAAAAUGGUUGUAUAGAAAAUUUCCAGGGUACAUCUAGUGCUGCUCCACUAGGGGCUGGUUGUAUAGCAUUAUUAUUACAGGCCAAUGGUGAUUUGAGAUGGCGUGAUGUUCAACAUAUAGUAAUACAAUCCUCUAAAAUACCCAGUUUGGAUACUAGUUGGAUAAUCAAUGGAGCAGGAUUACAUGUUAGUCAUAAAUUUGGUUAUGGGGUUAUGGAUUGUGGUAAAAUGGUGGAACUAGCUCAACACUGGAAUAAUGUACCUGAACAACAUACAUGUUCUUAUAAUAGAUCAGAUUCUAACAUAAAAAUUAACAGUAGAAGUUCGAUAGAAACACAGAUUUAUGUUGAUGGUUGUAAAGAUUCAGAUAGUGAGAUAGAUAGACUAGAACAUGUACAGAUUCAUGUCAAAAUAACACACAGUAGACGUGGUGAUAUACAGAUCUUUCUUACCUCACCAGCUGGUACCAGAUCAGAAAUGUUGUCACCCAGACCACAUGAUGACUUUAAAGGAAAAUGGGAGUUUACCUUCAUGUCAGUACAUACAUGGGGGGAACAUCCUAAUGGCUUAUGGAAGCUUGAGAUUAAUGAUAAUCCUACCUCACUUGAUCGCACUACAAAUGAAGGUUAUUUGAGUGAUUGGUCCUUGAUAAUGUAUGGG